GUCAAACUUUGUGAAAUACACGUUAAGCGCUAUAAUUAAAAAUUUGCUGUAAUUAGAAAAAUUUGUUAAAACCAUUUUGUAGCGAGAUAUAGUAUCAAUGAGUUUCCAAGCACCAACCACAACCACAGCUGUAAGCACCGGUUUCUCCUUUGGUUUGGGAACUGCUGCUGGAGCAGCCAAACCAGCAACUUUUUCAUUUGGAUCCACCGGAGGUGGUGACGCGGGUACUGUGAAACCUCUAGCGUUUGGUGCACCUACAACAGCUGUAACAUCUAUGGCUGCACCGACUGCAGUUGGUUUUGGUGGCGGAUUUCUCGGUGCCGCUACAACGACUACUGGCACAGCAGCCGCCCAACCUACAGCACCAACAGCGUCGACUGGCUUUUCAUUUGGUGCACCAACGGCUAGUGCAACGACUGCUGCACCGACUUCAGCAGCCCCUUCAACAACGGCUGCCACAGCUGCCUUCGGUUUUAGCGCCGCUACUGCUGCAACAUCAACAGCUCCAACUGGAUUUAACUUUGGCGCGCCGGCAGCUGUGACGGCCACUACGACAAUUACAGCUCCUGCCACAGCUGCACCACCAGCAUUUGCAUUAACAACAGCCAAAACAACUGCAGCACCUUUACCCACACUUGGUGCAAUAAAUGCGACUACAGCACCAACCACAGGCGGUUUUGCGAAUCUCAGUACGGCAACAAAAACAACAGAUUCUUCCGCUGUGGCGAAUGCUUCACAGCUUUCUUAUAAUCAAUUGGAGGAACAUAUUAACAAAUGGACAUUGGAAUUGGAGGAACAAGAAAAAGUAUUCGCGGAUCAAGCAACACAUAUAAACGCAUGGGAUAAAAUACUUAUCAGCAAUAAUCAUAAAAUACUAGAGUUAAACGAUGCUGUACAAAAGGUCAAAUCAGAUCAACAAACAUUAGAGCAGGAGCUGGAAUUCAUAGCGACCCAACACAAAGAACUCGAGGAAAGUAUUGUGCCACUACAAAAGGAGUUCCAGAAAUUGCCACAAGUUGAUGUGGAACGUAGUCAGACUUAUCUUUUGGUUGAAAACUUAGACACACAGCUUAAGCAGAUGUCCGAAGACUUAAAGGAAAUCAUCGACAAUCUAAAUGAAGCAGAUGAGGGUCUAGACAUUACAGAUCCCAUUUUACAAAUCGGUAAAAUUUUAAAUGCGCAUAUGAGCUCACUACAAUGGAUCGAGUCGUCGACAACAAAUAUUUCUAAUAAACUGGAUGAUAUAACAAAAAUGCAUGAAUCGUUUAAACGUGAGUCCGAGCGUUCCUUCCGUUCAGCUUACUACAAUUGAACCAGGUUGUGUGGGAGAAAUUUUCAGUUUAUUUUCAAUAUACAUUUUUUUUUAUAAAAUACGUUAUAACUUUUAUUUAAUCUUCGCAGAAUUUUAAAUAAAAAACAAUGGUCUUAGUAAUA